AUGGGUGAUAAAAUCGAAGAAGCACUUAAUUUAUUUAAUUCAAUGGGUUAUGACAGUGAUCAAGAAAUCAUAAUAACUGUUUUGGUUAUUAUUAUCUUUUCUCCAACAGAAAAGGUAGGUGGAAAAUUUAGAAUCUUAAAAAAUAAGGAAAAUGGUAGAUAUCGUGUUCUGUUCAGAGAUAAUCAUGAAAGAGUUCUUCUUAAUCAUUAUGUUAAUCCGGAUAUCCAAUUUAAUUAUAAAGAAGGAGAGCAAAAAGGAGUAAAAUAUCACGUGAUAGAAUAUGAAACAUAUGAUUUCGCUCAAUUAACUGAGAACCAAGAGCCCAAAAAAGUAAAAAUAACUGUGACUAGUCCUCCAUCGAAGCCAGAAUACACCGAAAAUCUUUAUACAGCUCUGUUAGAUGCACAGAAAAAGAAUGCAGCGCUUUUAGGUAUAAAGAAUUAG